CAAACCCAAGCUGCGGAGACAGCACCUCCUCCUCCAAUCCCUCCCGCUCGCUCCCUGCGGUUGUGCUGCCACUGCCACUGCCACUGCCCCGGCGUGUGUCCCACUUGCCCCGAGCCGCUUCACCAAGGAGAGCCUGGCGCACCCGGCCGGGCCCGCAGGCAUCUGCUGCGUGUCCCGCUCCGGACUCAGCGUUCCCGCUGCCGCCAGCGCUGCCUCGAUGUUCCAGCUGCCCAUCUUGAAUUUCAGUCCCCAGCAAGUGGCCGGGGUAUGCGAGACUCUGGAGGAAAGCGGCGAUGUGGAGCGCCUGGGUCGCUUCCUCUGGUCGCUGCCGGUGGCCCCUGCGGCCUGCGAGGCGCUCAACAAGAAUGAAUCGGUGCUGCGCGCUCGAGCCAUCGUGGCCUUUCACGGUGGCAACUACCGCGAGCUCUACCAUAUCCUGGAAAACCACAAGUUCACCAAGGAGUCACACGCCAAGCUCCAGGCGCUGUGGCUUGAAGCGCAUUACCAGGAGGCUGAGAAGCUGCGCGGACGGCCCUUGGGGCCAGUGGACAAGUACCGCGUGAGGAAGAAGUUCCCGCUGCCGCGCACCAUCUGGGACGGCGAACAGAAGACACACUGCUUCAAGGAGCGCACGCGGCACCUGCUACGGGAGUGGUACCUGCAGGACCCAUACCCCAACCCCAGCAAAAAGCGUGAGCUAGCCCAAGCAACCGGACUGACCCCUACGCAGGUGGGCAACUGGUUCAAAAACCGCCGACAAAGGGACCGGGCGGCUGCUGCCAAGAACAGACUCCAGCAGCAGGUCUUGUCGCAGGGCUCCGGGAGGGCGCUAAGGGCCGAGGAAGAGGGCACACCCGAGGCUCUCGGCGCCGCCGCCAGCCCCGCCGCCAGCCUAUCCAGCAAGGCAGCCACUUCGGCCAUCUCCAUCACUUCCAGUGACAGUGAGUGCGACAUCUGAGCUGCCUACCCAGCACGCUCAGAAACAGAAUUCGGUGUAAAAAUCGAGACAAACAAAAUGAAGGAGGGAGAGAGGAUGAGAGACCAAGCAACCCAGCGCUUGCGAAUCCAGGUGGCCAGGGACCGGAGGCCAGGGAACCGCGGGCUCAGGUUGCCGUGUCGGUCCCGGCGGCCUGACCCGCUCCACUGGCGACCUCCGGCCACUACCACAGGGGCCCGCGGUGAGGCCCGACCCAGCGCCACGUUCUCCUUGCUUUGCUUUUCCCAAGGAUUUUGCUGCAAAGUUGCCUCCGGAACCCGAACUGCACGCUGAGCGCCUGCCCUGAAUCUCCUGUGGGUAUUUCACUUCGAAAGGACGCUGUUAUAUAUGUAUAACUUUUGCUUUAAAGUUUUUUUUUUAAACAAAACAUAUAUAUGUUGUUUAUUUACUUAUUUAAGAGAUUGGUGUGGUAGGUUUCUCUAUAUCGUGAGAGAACUUAGUGUUUCUAAAGGCGUAGGGUGGAGCCGUUGGGUUCUGUGUAAGAAGCCAAACAAUAAAAAACCUGGUGAGCAACCUUUCUUAAUUAAGGGAGCUGCUCUCAGAUUCCUGGAAGAGAGAGAGAGAGAUCAUUCUCUUCACCAGACAGGCAGGGGCCCUUGUGCAAAUGGUCUCAGGAGAGUCUUCUCUAUAUCUUUUGCCUUUUCUGAUGUCUCCUGGUAUAUUUUUAAAACAAGCCAAGGUAGGUCCGUAAGCACUUCCUUGUCAGAUUGUACAUGUAUGUAUGUAUGUAUGUACAUAUGCAUGCAUAUAUGAUAUAUUUAAACCUAGAAAAUGGUAACAUGAGCACCCCCUGUAAGGCAAUUCCCCAAAUCCCUAGCACAGGUAACUAUCUAUAGCUUGUCAACCUGACACUUACUUAUAUGGCUUUCAGGAACAAUUUUGGAGGCCAAACUCUGGGACUCAAUAGUGAGUCCUACUUUAUAAAAAUACAAGCCUAUUCUGACAGAGGCUCUGCAAUGAUAAAGGCUUUCCAUCUCCUUGAGGUCCCCUCCCAUACAAAAGCAGUAGGUACCCAUGAUCAUGUGAGUGAGCAUAUACUGCAUUUAGGAUUGUAUUAGGAUUGCAUUAAAAUAAGACAAAAGAAGAUAGGAAAGGCUUUAAUAACUAGACUAGCAUCUUCUCAAAGCAGAAGCAGGUUUUAAUCAAAUGCAUUAUUUUCAACAAAAGAAAUACUGAGAUGGGGAAAGGACGUAAUCCUGUCAUGUAGUAAGGUCAAAUAGAAGGCUGCAGAUAAAGAACUGGCAUUUAAAAAAUCUGAUUCCUGUAUUAAACAUGAAAAAAGUCACACAGAGCCUCGUUGUCCUUUAAUGGCCUCAGUUAAAAAUAUCAAAUAUUUUCAGGAUUUAAUUUGUCCUCCCAAAGAGUGCAGGUGCAUGCAGGCACACA